UGAAAGUCUAUUGUAUGAUAAUGACGAUGAAGGACGAAGUUGUCGUUCCCCCUGGUCUAAGGGAAUUAUUACAAGAAUUAACUGUGUCUAUACUGCGAGAACACCCUGAUAAUUUAAUUCAGUUUGCUAUUGAUUUCCUAAUGAUGAAGAAGGCGGCAUCAGAAAAUCGUCCAAAUAAAACAACUGAAAGUGAAGAUGAAGAUGAAGAACCUAUGCCUAUACCUCCACAACGAGCUACUCGAAGAGCUGGUGUAGCUGCGGAAAGUUAUGAUCCAGAAAAAGAUGAUACUUCAAAUGUAGAGAAAGUUGUACAUCCUAAAACAGAAGAACAACGUCGAAGAUUAGCUCAAGCCACUAAAGAUAUUCUCCUUUUCCGAUGUCUUGAUGAUGAUCAAAUGAAAGAUGUUAUUGAUGCCAUGUACGAACGUCAUGUAUCACCUGGUGAAAAAGUAAUUACACUUGGUGAAGAUGGUGAUAAUUUUUAUGUAAUAGAAAAAGGAGUUUAUGAUAUCAUUGUGAAAGUUAGUAAUGAAGAAAAAACUGUUGGAAAAUACGACAACAAAGGGUCUUUUGGUGAAUUGGCACUGAUGUAUAAUACACCACGAGCUGCAACCAUUUUAGCCAAAACUGAAGGUGUAGUUUGGGUAAUGACACGUGAAGUUUUUCGUUCAAUUGUAUUGAAAAAAGCAUUUGAAAAACGUAGAUUAUAUGAAGAACUGCUUAAUCAAGUACCAAUCCUAGAAAGUCUCAGUGCUUAUGAACGCAUGAGUAUUGCAGAUGCAUUAAGAACAAAAAUCUUCAAAGAUAAUCAACAAAUUAUCAAACAAGGUGAUCCAGGUGAUGAAAUGUUCUUUGUUGAAGAAGGUAAAGUACGCAUUAAAAUGAAAAGAAGUGGAGAAACAGAAGAAAAAGAAGUAGCUGUUAUUGAAAAAGGUGGUUAUUUUGGUGAAUUAGCUUUAUUAACAAGUCAUCCACGUGCUGCUUCAGCAUAUGCUGAUGGUCAUACUAAACUUGCUGUAUUGGAUGUUGGAAGUUUUGAACGUUUACUUGGUCCUUGCUUAGAUAUACUCAGAAGGAAUAUUGACGAUUAUGAAGCUAAACUAAAAAAUAUUUUUGGUAGUUUAGAUAAAGUACCAGAAUUAAGACGUUAAUUAUGAAUUACUUUUGAUGAUUAACGUCUUGAUUUACAUGUGAUCGUCGAUUACUAUAAUAAUAAUUAUUAUUAUCAUAAUUACACUAUUCUUUGUGUUCAAUCGAAUGAUCCAACUUUCAUGGAUGUUCAUAUUCUUUGAUUAGUGAAAGGAGAUGAGUCAGAUCAUAGUGAGUACAGUAUAUAUUUUGUUUUUAUAUAUAUAUAAUUUAAAACAAAAUUAUGUACAUAUAUGUAUUUUCCUCUUUUUUUGUUGUUGUUGAUUGUUUACUUAAGUGGUAAUAUGGAAUCUACAUGUUUCCAUCUAAACCGUUACUCGAUUUUUUUUUUCAAAAUUGUUUCAACUGUUUUUAAUCCUUUCAUUAAGUAACUCGUAAUUUUAGUCACUAUUAACAUUAUUAUUAUUAUUAUUAUUAUUAUUAUUAUUAUUAUUAUUAUUAUUAUUUUGGAUAUUACUUGUUCACUGAUCAUUACUAUCAUUCAUAAUAUUGGUAUUGUGCACAAAAAAUUGACCAUCAUACAAGACUAUGUGUAGAUUGUAUUAGCUCAAUUCUAUAUCCUAGUAACACAAUAAAAUUCUAUCUUUUAUUCAUAUGUAUCGUUUUUUGAUGAUCAUUUACACUUUAUUACUAUGGUGAUGGCUGAUAUUCACUGUAAUGAACAUUGUUACCGUACAUAGAUAUAGAAAAGAAAAGAAUUUCAAGUAAUUCUUUCUUAGUUAUUCUUUUUUUUCAAUCAAUUGCUUACAUUUCAUUUCUCAUAUACCAUAUAACAUGUGCAAAUAGUAAGAGAGUUGAACUGUUAUAUCCAAAAUAAAAACGCUGGUAUUACUUAUCUUAUGAGACAUGGACAUAUAUAUUGGUAAAACAAAUACACAUAAUACAUUCAUCCUUCGUUACUACUAAUAUCAGUAUCAUUUUGAUUGCUUGUACUUGUGAGGGGGGAAAGCUACCCGAUAUUUUUCAUUUUUGUCAUUCUUUCUGAGCUCAUUGUUUUCCUUCUCUUUGUUUGUUUAUUCUGCUGUCCUUUAUGUUUUUUUCUUCUCGUUAAUGUUCUCUUAUUUUCUUCCAUUAAUCCUUUAUAGAUAAUCAGUGAAAACAAAAAGAUAUAUCAUCA